AGCCCUGUCACAUCCUCCCAGCCGCCGCCGCCACCCACCCACAAUUCCCCUCGGGAUCGUCCCGAUCCAGUUCCACCCGAGAUGAAUCGAAGCCUCCACUUUCUCCUCGUUUUCCCCUACCGUCCAACCACCGCCGUCGCCCAAAUCCUAUAGGAGCCAGAGCUCCUCUGCCCGUGCGCCUACCUCUCCCGUAGCUCCCAUGGCACCAGGAAGCACCUCAGCCCCGUCGUCGACCCAGCCGCUGCCGGCGAGCAACAGCAACCAGCAGACCAUCCCGAGCAGCAAAAGGAGCACGAGCUCCCAUGGCCGCCGCCGAGCCGCCCGAGCACCUCCUCCUCCUCCCGUCGCCGGUGACCGCGUCACCAGGACCCCACGCCUGCAGACUCGCACACAAGCUCCUCUGCUUCCUCACGCGCCACGGCAAGAAGCAGCACCACCGGGGCCCUUGCAUCGUCAAGCACCACCAGGACCAGCCCCGGUGCCACUCCGGCCGCCCGAGCACCUCGUGCUUCUCCUCGUCGCGCCUCCUCCCCUGCGCCUCGACUUCGGAACCGCGCCUCCAUGAUGCCGCCACCUCGUCCCCGUCGUCCGUCAGCUCGUCGCCGCCCCGGGCCCAGUGCCUGCAGCCGCGCCCCCACCUUCACCCACCACGGGCGAGCAGAGCCGCCGGACCGCGUCGCCGCGCUGCCGUUUCAGGGCGUCCUCCGCCCAAGUCCCGCUGCUGCCUUUCUGUCCAGCACCGCCGCUGCUCUAUUUUCUGGCGUGCAGAGGGACGCGCUAGAUGCAGUGCAUCGCCGCUGUUCAGAUCGAGAGAGGAGCAAGGUUGCCCGGUCUAGCCUGCGCGUUGACUACGCCACCCUGCUUCGAUCGACCUGCGAGGCCCAGCACCGCUUUCGGCCUGCCCGGCCUCCUGUGCUACCGACUGGGCCUCAGCCCGAAGUGAGAGCCCUAGCGCCCCUUUUUUUCUUUAUUUUGUUGGGCCUGCUCCAGUUUUAGUUUCGGUCCAGUGUAGCCUUUUUUUUCAGAUAUGUGAAUUAGUCAAUUUCCAGGGA